GGCCCCAUCUCAAUUUAAGAACAUUAAACUAGUGUACGUGUGUUGACCAACUAGGCAAGAAAACAAUGAACAAACUAGUACCAGUGAGGACAACAAGUAAUGUAUUCAAGUUAAAAGCCAGGCCUAACGUUCGUUAAUUCCAAACACAGAACCAACAAAUUGGAAUCAAUACUAUUGUGGUGUCAGUUCACGAUGGAAUCGCCAUUUAAGGGUAACAUAUUGAAGGGGAAGGUUGCUCUCAUCACUGGUGGAGCUUCUGGAAUCGGCUUCGAAAUCUCCACCCAAUUCGGCAAACAUGGCGCCUCCGUUGCGCUCAUGGGUCGCCGGAAGCAAGUCCUCGAUUCUGCUGUCUCCGUUCUGCAAUCGCUUUCGAUUCCGGCGAUUGGUUUUGUGGGUGAUGUGCGGAAACAAGAGGAUGCGGCGAGGGUUGUGGAAUCCACUUUCAAGCAUUUUGGGAAGAUAGACAUUCUUGUCAACGCUGCUGCUGGGAAUUUUCUAGUUUCUGCGGAGGAUCUCUCACCAAAUGGAUUCAGAACAGUUCUCGAUAUUGAUUCUGUUGGGACAUUUACAAUGUGCUCUGAAGCACUAAAGUAUCUCAAGAAAGGAGGACUAGGAAGGGGCUCUUCUGGUGCGGGAGCAAUAAUAAACAUUAGUGCUACCUUGCAUUAUACAGCUUCUUGGUAUCAAAUUCACGUGUCUGCAGCGAAGGCUGCUGUUGAUGCCACUACAAGAAACUUGGCACUAGAAUGGGGAACAGACUAUGAUAUUAGAGUCAAUGGGAUCGCACCGGGUCCCAUAAGUGGCACUCCUGGCAUGAGUAAACUAGCUCCUGAUGAAAUAAAUAACAAAUCCAAAGAUUACAUGCCUCUUUAUAAAGAAGGGGAGAAGUGGGAUAUUGCCAUGGCUGCUCUCUUCCUGGUAUCAGAUGCAGGAAAAUACAUUAAUGGCGACACUCUCAUAGUGGAUGGAGGACUUUGGCUGAGCCGGCCUCGACAUUUACCAAAAGAGGCAGUGAAGCAGGCAUCGCGAGCAAUAGAAAAGAGAUCCAGAAAUCAACCAAUUGGUGUUCCAAAAAGCAAGCUAUGAGCCCGCAGAUUCAGUAUUAGCUCCUCUACGCAGCACGGAAUCACUUCUUUAAACAACACAGUGGAGGAUAUGAUCUCUGCUGAUUUUAAAUUAUUACAUGGUUUGUAGUACCGCCACUCGAUAUAUAAUAAGAAACAGUUUUAAAGUUAUGGCUAUAUCCCACCCAAGGAAAAAGGUUAUGGCUAGACUCUGAUUGUGCCUUGUGCUCUAUUAUCUGUGCUUGGAACUUUUAAGCAAAUUCAACACAGUGAGUCCAUACAAUGCUAGAUGGGUUAGUCAUUUGAAAGAAUCAUCCAUCACCAAUGUAAAACUUGAAUUGCGUUUUCCAUUAUUUAAUAACAGGUUUUGGAUGAUCUUA